GUGACGUCAGGCAGAGAGAAGCCAGCCCCAUCGCUGCUGCCGUGUAGUGUUUGUGUGGAGCUGCUAAAAAGACACGCUGGGAGAAAGUUUGCCCGACUAACAUCAGCAUUCUCCGGUGGAGAAAAGCCCACAAGCAUCGGCGUCGGAUGCUCAAGCCCAGUUAGCGAAGAGGAAGAAGAAGCAGAACAAGAAGAAGAUAUUUCCUGUGGAGAAAAGCCGUCGUUUGUCAUUUCGGCUCUUCAGUUUCCGGAUAUCGUCGGGCUGUUUUGGUGGAACAUUCGCUUAGCAUCACUUGGAUUUAGUCUGGGAUAACUUUUCCUCUCACGCUUUGCACAUUUGGAACAUGGAGACGCUGAGGUAACAAGGCUCAAGUGUCCGCCUGCGUAGAGAGACGCUGAGCUCCGUGCUCCAGUUCAACGGGGCCACUUCCCGAUGAUGACAGUAAACAUGGAUGACGGUCUCCAAAAUGGACCCAGACAGCCCCGGAACUUGCAAGAUGACGAGGAGGCACUCAACUCCAUCAUGAAGGACCUGGCAGCGCUGGGUUGCUGCUACACGCCGCACAACAGCCACAAGCCCAAGAGCAGGACCUUGCUGUACAAACAGGAUGUAAGAGUCAAGCUGGAGCAUGAGAGAGAGAAACGGAUCAUCCCCUUCCACAGGCCGCUCAAGUUCAAGGAGCUGCUGCAGAAAGUGACAGAGGCCUUUGGCCAGCAGUUGGAGAUGUUCUUCACGGAGAAAGAGCUGCUUCUGCCCCUGAAGACCCAGGAGGACCUGGACCAGGCUCUGUUGUCCUUAAGCUGCAGCACAGCCACCAACGGGCUGCUCAGGAUAGUGCUGAAGACCCCCAAGAACAACCAUUACCUGCAGGUGAACAGCAGGGACAAGCAGAGCGAGAUGAGGUCAUCACGCUCGCUGGGCGAUCUGAAAGGCUCGCUGCUGAAGGGCUCGGAGAGGGUGCGCAAACACUCCACAGGGUCCCUGCACACGGGGCGCACCUCGCCGCCCCCGGGGAGCGUCCCCGAGGAGCAGCAGCAGAUCGCUCGCCAGGGUUCCUACACCAGCAUCCACAGCGAGGGCGAGUUCAUCCCCGAGACCCAGGACCUCAGUAUGUUGGAUGCCUUCGGCAGCGCGGGCAACUCGCUGUCGAGCAGCUGUCAAUCAAUCGAGCAAGCGCUGGACAGCCCACCUUUCUCACAGAACAACCGCGACAACAAUUACCUGAACCUCAGCUACGAAUACAAAGGACGCCACGGCAAGGGCGGGACUUUUCCUCGCCAGUUCCAGCUGCCCAAUCGGACCAAGGACUACGGAGAUCGUCGCAGGACUCUUCCACGCAGCUUCAUGCCGCAGGAGAACCUCUUCCAGCUGGUUCCCUCCAGCCGCACACGCAGCUACAACGGAGACGCCACCAUGCAGUACGCCGAGCUGCGCUCGCUGGGACGCCCCCCCGACAAAAGCUGCCAGCGCGGGACGGCCAAGUCACCGCGGGCGCCGGUCAACUGGCGGCAGGGCAAGCUGCUGGGGCGCGGGGCCUUCGGGGAGGUGUACCUGUGCUACGACGCCGACACGGGCCGGGAGCUGGCCGCCAAGCAGGUGCCCUUUGACCCCGACUGUCAGGAAACCAGCAAGGAGGUCAACGCUCUGGAGUGCGAGAUUCAGCUGCUGAAGAACCUUCGCCACGACCGCAUCGUGCAGUACUACGGCUGUCUGCGAGACCUGGAGCACAGGAAGCUCACCAUCUUUGUGGAGUUCAUGCCCGGGGGUUCCAUCAAGGACCAGCUGAAGGCCUACGGGGCGCUGACGGAGAAGGUGACCAGGAGGUACAGCAGGCAGAUCCUGCAGGGCGUGUCCUACCUGCACAGCAACAUGAUCGUCCACCGAGACAUCAAAGGUGCCAACAUCCUGCGGGAUUCCUCCGGGAACGUCAAGCUGGGAGACUUUGGAGCCAGCAAACGCAUCCAGACCAUCUGCAUGUCCGGCACCGGCAUCAAGUCCGUCACCGGGACCCCCUACUGGAUGAGCCCGGAAGUCAUCAACGGGGAGGGCUACGGCCGCAAAGCCGACGUGUGGAGCGUGGCCUGCACCGUGGUGGAGAUGCUCACCCAGAAGCCCCCCUGGGCCGAGUACGAGGCCAUGGCGGCCAUCUUUAAGAUCGCCACCCAGCCCACCAAGCCCACGCUUCCGGAGGGCGUGUCCGACGCCUGCAGGGACUUCCUGCGGCAGGUCUUUGUGGAGGAGAAGUGGAGGCCCACCGCCGACGUUUUGCUCAGCCAUCCCUUUGUGCAGGGGGGCUUCUGAGCCCCCCCCCCAAGGCCCGCUCUCAUGCACUUAGCGGACUGGUGUUGGUAGUACUGUAACGCCACCCCUCACAAUCUUUUUAUACUCCAAGUAUUUCUCAUCAGCGCCUUACCAUAAGACUUUCUAAGCCUGAAUGUUUUUUAAACUAGGAUUGCACUUUUUUUGAUAUCACGUGACCUUUUCCACCAUGCAGGAUAAUCACCUGAGGAGAUAUUUUUCUAGACUUUUAUACGUGAUUUCCUACCAAGACGGCUCAAGCAGCAACAGCGGCCGCCGUUGACUCCAGGCCAAAGAGGAUGUGGAAGAAACAUUCAGGUUGGGUUGACUUCCAGUAUUAAUUCUUUUCUUGUUGUUGAAAAACCUGAUGCGGCGUCGCGUUGCCAAGACGACAGGAAGUGUCUCACCGUUGCCUUUACUUUGCUUUGCUCGCUGAAAGACGCCAAGCAAAUCACCAAAAACAAAAAGCUUGUUUUGACGCUGCCGUGGCACUUUCAACAGCAAUGAUCAAAUCUUUUUAUUUCGCUCUCGUCUGUGCCUUACCUACUUGUAAAAAAAAAAAAAAACACUUUUUUAUACGGAAACAUAUAUAAAUAUAUAUAUAUUCUGUAAAUACACUUUGUUCUGCACUUUUGUAUGACACUCCUCAACAUUAUAAGACGUCUCAUAGCUGUGUUCCACAGUAGAUUGUCUCUGAGGAGCUUUGGAUCGGGACUCACUUUGAAUUUGUCUUCAUGACAAAGCCUCCACAAUUCAACUUUAUCAAGUUAUUGAUCUUUUGUACAUCUAACUUAAUAAAUCAAAGGUCUAAUUCCC